AGGUGUUCGUAAGUUGUCUCAGUAAAAUUGAGUGCUCGAAUCGAGCACGACAAGUACGAGUCUAUACAUCGUAUAUAUUCAUUCUGGCGUGUGGGUGCGUGUGUGUGUGUGUAUGUGAAACGAGGAGUUUUCUAGUUUCGGUAAAAGUUAUGGAGUGCGCCGAGAUGUUUCAUUGCUGAUCAUAUCUGUCGAGCUCAGUUCCGCUCUCAGUAAAUUCUACUCGCUCGAUUUGCUUUGAAAAGCACUAUCCGGUUACUGGUGACCGAUCGCGUGUGAAGUUCGAGUAAUUUUUGUUCGUGUGGAUGUGCGUUCUAACAGCCCUUAGAAGGUGGUAACGUUUAGGAAGUUCUCGCCUGGACUGUGGUUGCGCGUGUGUCGUCGUUGCAAAGACGUAAUUGGCUUGAAAUUCCUGAGACCCUGGCCCGCGGCCGGGAAGGAGAAACAAAACGGCAAGUCUGUGCGAAGAACGGGGCAUGCCAAGCCCUAGAGGGGCAAAAAGCCUCGACAGCGGUACUGAGAGAUGAAUUUCCUGGAUGGCGAACCGACCAGUCAACUGCUUCGAUAUGUUUACUCAUCCGAUCUCGACGCCCGUUUCAAAAUUAAAGUGGGUACUCUGGAAGGCGAUCGGCCACGUCCACCGUAUCAGGAUCUGAUUCAAAAUCCUCUCUUGCGACGUAAUCAGCUACUGUUGACGUGGGGAGAUGCUGAAAAGCAAAGCCUCGUUUCCGACCUUGUUGUCACGGUCGAAAUCUUUUCCGACGGACGCAGUCUUGCCUUGCCAACGCAAACAUCGUACAAGCCGUUUACAACGCGAUACAACUGGAACGAGUGGUUGACACUUCCUCUGAAAUUCUCGGAUUUGCCUCGUGAUGCCCAGUUAGCCUUCACCGUCUGGGAUCUUCACGGCCCUAAGACCGCUGUACCAGUAGGCGGAACUACAGUAUCAAUUUUCAACAAACAUGGUGCGAUGCGCCAGGGAAUGCACGACCUUAAACUGUGGGGGAACUCAAAAGCGGAUGGUUCGAGUUCGACGUCAACACCAGGAAAGAUUUCAGGUGCUAAAGAUGAAAUGGCUCGGCUCAUAAAGUUAACAAAAAAGCAUCAUAAUGGCGAAAUGGCGCGGGUAGAUUGGAUGGACAGGCUGACGUUCCGUGAGAUUGAGAUAUUGAAUAACAACGAGAAAAAAAAAUCGCAGCAAAUGUUCCUAAUGAUCGAGUUUCCCCGCGUGGUAUACCAUGAUAUUGAGCAUAUGGUCGUAUAUUUUGAAAAAGAUCUUGACACACAAUGCCACAAUAACCUUCCUUGGCCCCCAAAAGAAGACUCGGCUGCACGCCCUAGCGAAGCAAAGUUAGCCACCAUGUUCGACCCAGAUGUUUGGCAUGAAAAUCUGGUAGAGGAUAAACAUCAUAAAUUAUCUCGAAAUCAACGCACCCAGCUGAUCGAUAAAGAUCUCAAGCCAAAUGCGAACAUCCGAGAUCAGCUUAAUCGAAUUGUCAACAAGUGCUCUACAACACCGCUUACGGCAGACGAGCAAGAUCUCGUAUGGAAGUUCAGGUUUUACCUUAAAGAUCAAAAGAAAGCUUUGGCUAAGUUCGUCCAUUGUGUACGGUGGGAUGUCGACGAAGAGACGUUUCAAGCCCUCGAACUAAUGCGUCAAUGGGAACCCAUGGAUGUCGAAGACGCCCUCGAACUUUUAGGGCCGCAGUUUAAACAUACGGCCGUCCGACGCUACGCAGUGACUCGGCUCGAACAAGCCUCCGACGAAGACCUUCUGCUUUAUCUCUUGCAGCUUGUCCAAGCGCUGAAAUAUGAGCCUUCAACUCAAAACGGUCAAGAUACCGAUACAGUAACAAGCACCAACGUAAAUUUGGGUUCACCGGGUCAUUCCAAUUCAAACGCUGGUGCGCAACAAGGCGUCCCUAUCUCACCUGGUACACAUUCACAGCUUGAGCAGCCUUUAUUGUCCAGGUUUGAUGAAUUGAUGGAAAGCACGCAAAGCAACGUCAGCAGUGCUACCGUAAAUAGUGCGAUUGAUGACGUUCGAAGGACGGAUAGAGGAGUCGACUUGCGGGAACGGAGUGACGAUCGUUAUCGGGACCAGUAUAAUGAUACUGACUCGAAAGAUUCUCGUUAUCGCGCUGCUGGUAUUGAACGAUCAACGGCAAUACAGCCCGGAACAGCCGCUGGUCCGCAAGAUGAUUCAAGUUGUGCCACGGGUCUGGCAGCUGCGGCCGCUAUUACGGCUGUCCUCGAGGACAAUCGCGAUCUGGCCAGCUUCUUGAUCAAGCGAGCCAGUCGAAGCGACACCCUUGCUAACUACCUUUAUUGGUACCUGACUGUCGAGAGCGAAGGUUCUCACAAUCAUGCCCCAGUGGCAACAGGGACACCCGGAGCAAACGCUGGAGCCGCUGGUGGAACCCAAACGGCCAAUAGCGCUGGUAGAAAAGAUAACAAUGGAGGAAAUCGAAGCUAUGCGGACAUGUAUGCCGAUGUUCUGCGUCGCCUCGUCCUUUGUCUGAAAAAUGGUAACCGAGAGCAAGACCUGCGACGGAAGAUGCUGGCCAAACAACUUUCAUUCAUCAAAAAUCUUGUUAAUCUCAUGAAGCCAAUUGCUGCUGACAGUAGCAACCGCCAAAAGAAGAUCGAGAAAUUAAGAGCCUUGCUGAGCGAUCCGGAAAAGUCAAAACUAGUUUUUCCUGAGAGUCUUGCGUUGCCGCUAAAUCCAAAAGUGCGUGUUAAAGCAAUCGUGGCUGAAGAGGCGACGCUAUUUAAGAGUGCCCUUAUGCCUUGUCGCUUAACCUUUUUAACGGAUGUCGGAAAGGAGUACGUCGCGAUAUUUAAGCACGGUGACGAUCUUCGGCAGGACCAACUUAUCCUGCAAAUAAUCUCUCUUAUGGAUAAGCUCCUUCGACGCGAAAAUUUGGACCUUCAGUUGACACCAUAUUGUGUGUUGGCGACUUCAACCCAGCAUGGCUUCGUCGAGUACGUCGAGUCUCGAACGGUAGCUGACGUGCUGAAAGAAGAAGGAUCAAUUCAGAAUUACUUCAAAAAAUGUGCACCUAAUUCAAACGGGCCAUACGGAAUCGAUCCCGAAGUAAUGGACAACUAUGUGAAAUCCUGCGCUGGCUAUUGCGUGAUCACGUACCUUUUGGGCGUGGGCGAUCGCCAUUUGGACAACUUACUACUCACCAAACGUGGUCAGCUCUUCCACAUCGACUUUGGCUACAUUCUCGGUCGGGAUCCGAAACCUUUGCCUCCACCGAUGAAACUUAGUCGUGAAAUGGUCGAAGCAAUGGGAGGCGUGAAUGCGGAGCAUUAUAACGAGUUCAAAAAACAAUGCUAUACCACGUUCCUACAUCUUCGGCGUCACGCUAACCUUAUUCUUAAUUUGUUCUCUCUUAUGGUGGAUGCCAGCGUGCCCGACAUUGCUCUCGAACCCGACAAGACUGCCAAAAAGGUUCAGGACAAAUUCAUGCUUGAGAUGACAGACGAAGAAGCGGUCUCCGAAAUGCAGCGCCUUAUCGAUUCGUCUGUCUCAGCUGUCAUGGCCGUCGUCGUGGAAUCUCUUCACAAAUGGGCGCAAUAUUGGCGCAAGUAGACUGAGCCGAAUACGUCAGUACAGAGACAAGGUGAAUUAAUCACUAUACGUAUUGUAGUUGCAUAACAAUAAUUGAACGGACUUCAAUUAAAUAACCCAAAGGAAAACAGCAUCAAUAAAAAUAACUAGUAGUUUAAAUUUCAGUCCAACGUACACAAAUGAAAACCAAAUAAAAAGGAAGCCUAAGUUUAGUUUUGAUGAUGAUUAGAUGAGAUGGUAAAAAUUGGCGCAAAAAUAGGUGUCAAUGAAAAUGAGUUAUUGUUUGUUACGGAGAGGUCAAGCUAUAAACUGUUUAUCAAACGAAAUAUGCAGUAUACGGCAUCAGCUGUACUCGUAGGUUUUAUCUAAAUGGACAACGCAUUGGCCAGACUGUGGAAAGAAGGUUUUAGGAUCGCUAUACUCACUUUCUCGUGAUGUGUCCGUAGGCUGAGUAAACAAACGAGAAGCUUAGUAAUACUCUCCUUUGCAUAUAGAAAGAGCUGCAGUAAUAAGGGAUCGUUACAGCUUUUAGGUAACAAGAACGAAGCAGCGAUAACUGCUGAAAUUCAAUCGACGUAAGGAGCUCCUAAUUUUUAUUCUGUUGUCUGUUGGAUGUUGGUGGCAUCGUAAUAAGUUUAAUUACUGAUGAGUCACCCGAACCUGAUCUAAUGAACAACGCCAUCGUAGAAAUAGCGUGUAAGCUCGCUGGCAGUGAAAUGCUAAAGCGUCACAAAACGCCCCGUGACUCUAGUCGUCAUCUCAAUCAAUAUCAGGAAAAAAUAGCAAAGGUGCUUUUUCUGUAUUACUCUACGAACGCUUGCAUUUUCCUUUUUUUCAAGCAAGUAAUAACAUUUGCACAUGCCGAAUCCCAAAACUAAAAAGUUAGAUGCCAUUUUAUUUAAAAAGGGCUGGGUAAAUGAAAUGCGCUAAAGGGGAGCAUACGACGGCCAUAAUUGGACAGCAGACAAGGCAAAACAGAAGAUUUUUCCAAACCAAAUGUUAUACUCUACUGUUGGAGUGAGUUGAUAGCGUUGCAAAAGUAAAGAAUGCUACAUAUAAGCAAAUUUUGUACAUAAAUGUUCAAAUCACAAAUAGACCACAUAGAUGAGAUCGCAGAAGUAUACAUAACGUAAACAACAACAACAUAGUUAUCCGGAAGAAAGAAACUAGUGAAAGACGAGAGCGACAGCAUCCAAAGCAGUAUAAAACGAAUGUAAACAGCGAGUCAGAGAAGAGAUUCACUGAAAGUGAAAACAACAACGUUCUUUCAGCACAUGCAAAAAACAUGAGGUUGUAGUAUAUGAACAGGCCUUCACAAGAACAUCACAAAUAACACAUGUCUGGGCUGUUUAGUCGAUCAAUAUGGUGGUUCUGAAAAUACGUUUUUGCCUUUCCUCUACAUGUUUGUAGAUAGGUUUAAUUUUACUACUAUUGAAUUACUUUGUUAGCAUGUAUGUGUAUCUGUAUGCGUUAAGGUCAAGUAUAGGUAGUAAAAGGUAUGAAAAUCUCUUAAGAAACUUAAAAGUUUACUUCCUUAGUUAAGGACAAAUAAGUCAAUAAAAAUAAUGAUAAUACCCGCGCCGUUUGGCUAAUUACAUCGACGGAAACAUAAAUUAUAAAAACUUAAAAGAUUCUGUUACUCCAUUCUAGAUGAAAAAGAAUAGCCAGCUGGUUUGCUAAAAGCGCGUUUCCUUAACAUUUUUUUUAAUAUUUCAUAGUUCUUAUUGAAUUACAGACUUACAAAUGCACAAUUACAACCAGCUCGAAUUAAUAAUUAUAAUCUACCCUUUUUCAGUAAUUUUAUUACUCAAAAUGUAAAUCUUUCUUUCGUUACGCCACUGCAUAGGCAGACGCUCUAACGCCGUUUACCGUAGAGUUCCAUUUAUUGACAGCUUUUAUCGACGUAACUUCAAUUGUGAUACAAAAUCAUCAUACAUACACACACACAUAUAUAUGUAUAUGAAUAAAAUAAGCAUGCAUAAGACUGAUAUAGCUAUGGGUACGCUUGCAUGUAUUUUUGUAACAUUUCUGCGAUUUUAGCACUUUAGAACGGUAGCGCAAACGUUGAUGAAUAAGUACAGGUGAUGGAAUACUGGAUUUUUUGAAAACUAUAGGAAAUAAAAUUUGAAUAUAGAAAUAAAAUAAUAGGAAACCUGAGCGAAUAUAGAGUGUGAAAAGAAAAUUAGGAUAAAGUAAAAGCACUACUCAAGAAAAGGGAGCACUCUUCACAAAUGGAAAAGACGAUAAUACGAUAACCGGCGAAUAAAACUAUUUAAAUAUAAUUAAUACCGUGCUUUCAUUUCAGUCGUUCGAACUUCCACGAACUAUUUAAACGUUGAAAUAGUGUUUCUACUGGGUUUGUACAAGCGAUUUAUAAUAAAAGAGCCACACAAUUAUGUGUGCACACUUUGCAACUCAGAAUAGUACCCAUAGAGGUAUGCAAGCCCAUAAGACAAAGUAAGAAAUAGCGAUACCGACAGCUCGCUUCCACCAAGAAGAGCUUUUCCAUCAAUGCGAAGAAAUCAAUUCCCAGAAAAAGUGAAAAUGGAUUUUAAAGCUGUGGUUCUCUACGAGUUUAAGCUGCCUGUAUGUUUUUACGUCCAGUAUCGCCGUUAGGCGUUCCGUCAGACAAGGUUGUCUACCAAUACUUAGCAUGGCCCUAACUAUCAGUAAUUGACAACUUAUUUCCUAAUGAAUCUAGGUCUAAAUCAGUAAACUAGUUAUAUUUUUUGUUAGAUUUUGAUAUCUUAUAACGGUUGCCAGACUAUUGGAUUUCAUCGGCAGUCAUGUCAUGGACACUAUCUUAUACAUAUGAGAUCGAAUGUGAGCAGAGUGAAUACUCCUAAAAAUCCUUUUUGACUCUUCCUAACCUUGACGAAAGCCUUGCCUGAUGGCCAUAGCACUAAAGUAACAAAACGACUGAAAUGCCGUUUUUCUUCCAAAAAUCGAUGCUUUUAUUUUACACAUCAAAUAUAUAGCUCGGUAUCAAGCUAUCGAUAUUAUUUUGACUGGCCGUGUGU